UGAAACAUUCUCUCUGUGGGCGCUCAAGUGUUGAAGGCUGCGUGGGGUUUUAUCUACAUCAAAACUGAGUGUCAGUCCACUGACAGGCAGUCAGUUCAGCCACUUCCUGUGAUCAGAGAGGGGAAAACAUUUAACUGAGGCAACAACUAGAAGCAACGGAGAGAGAGAAAUAGAAAGAAAGAGAGAAAACUGUGUUUUAGUACAGACAGAAGGAGAGAGAGAGAGAGACGUGGACAGAAUGAGAAUAGGUGUGUUUCUGCUGUUUCUGCUCCUGGUGCCUGUUUCCUGUAGAGGUUCUGUAGAUAUCAUGAUCACCGAACCAGUCGUCUGUUUUUUCCUCGACGGGAUCCUGAUUAUUUACUGCAUCGUGGUCACUGCAUUGUUCUUUAAAGAAAAGCUCUCAAUUGAACCUGUUGAACCUGAAGUUAACGGCAGGAUUUACGAGGAGCUUAGGAGACCAAUGGAUGCUGAUCCGUAUGCGAUGCUUGAACCAUCAAAAAGAAGAAAAAGGGCCAAAAAGAGAAAGAAACCUGAGUCGACGCAGCCUGAGCAGAGAGAGGAUGAAGCUUUGAUCAGCGCAGCUCCACCUUCAGCUCAGUCUGCCCCCUGAUGUCCUGCAUCAGCACUGCUGGGUCAACAGGCCGCACUGUUCAUUGUGGCUGAGAUUAGAUUAUUAUCUGAUUAAUCAAUCAAUUAACAGACAAGAUAAGUGUCUAUUGUUUUAUGAUAACAUAUAACAAAUACAUAUAUAUAUCGAGAAAAAAUGCUAAAUUCUGUGCAUCCAGCUUCUAAAAUGUGGAAAGUUUAUGCAAUUUUUAUGUGAUAGUUGGCAGUUUGUUCUCUAUUUUCUCACAUUGAAGCCUAUACGCUAAAUAAGUAAAUAAAAUGAAUCAAUAGUGAUGAAUAGAUCAUUUGUUGUUUGAAGUUUAAAACCAUGGUAGUGGCUCGUCUGCUUUGAGCAAAACGCUGAUGCUAACAUUUGCAUUUUUGUGGCAUUUCCAAAGGUGUAUAAACAUUUAAUCAAUGUUCAUACAGCACAUUAUAAUAUAGUUGUAAGUAAAUAUACAAGUACAUUAAGUAGUUAUUCAUGUAUUCAGUAGUAUUCAACAACUGAGACAUAUGUAUUAUUACACCCAUGUUAAACUGUAUUGUAAUCAAUAUCUUUAAUAUUUUUAUUGUAUACAAAAAAUGAAUUUACUGUAUUCAAUAAAUUCUAAACACAAA